CGUCUUCCAUGAACAUGUGAGAAUUCACCUAAGCAGGGCAUGAAUGAUUAGGAAUUAUUGAAGAAAGUUAAUCGAUUAUCUGGGUUAAAACUUUAAGUCAUGGCCUCGUUGGAAGAGGACUUUCCCCGUGGAGGGACAACGAAGCCCACGCAGACAGCCAAGCCGGAGCAACCUCGUACUGAGGUGGACAACCUCUUCCAGAAUGAACCCGAGGUGAAGAAGAAGAGGAAGAAACCGCAGGAUGAUGAUGAUGAUGAGGAAGCUGCCAAGAAAGCCAAGAAGACCAAAGACGACGCUCUGAAGCUCAACGCCACCUCCAAUGUGAACAUCCUUCACAUGAAAGAUCUGAAGGUUGGCACGAUGAUGCUGGGCUGCAUCAAGUAUGUGAAUGACUUUGAGAUGGUGAUUGGCCUUCCCAGCGGCCUGACCGGCUUCAUGCCCAUCACCAACAUCAGCGACUCCUACACCAAGGCUAUCAGCGACAAGCUGAACAGCGGAGAGAACACAGAGGACUUCACAGCCCUGCCCCACCUUUUCAGCCCCGGUGGUGUGGUGCGGUGUGUAGUGUCUUCUUUAGAGGAGAAUAAAGGAGGCAUGACCAUCACCAAGCUGUCUAUCAACCCCAAGGAGGUCAACAAGGCUCUGACCGCAGGCUCCCUCAAGCCAGGCAUGGUCAUCAGUGGAAGUGUGGAAAGCAUUGAGGACCAUGGAUACCUCAUUGACAUUGGGCUCACCACAACUAAGGCCUUUCUACCCAAGCCAGCAGCAAAAUCCUCAAAAGAAGACCUCAGGGUGGGGGAGUACCUGGAGUGUCUGCUGGAGGAGGUGAAGAAUGAGGGCCGUCUAGUGCGCCUCUCAAUGGACCCGGCUGUCCUCUCAGAGGCUGUGACCGAGACCAAGCACGGCUGGACCCUCAGCAACAUCUGCCCAGGGCUACUGGUCAACGCCACCAUCAAGAAGGUGACUAACCAGGGUCUCUUUGUGGAGUUCCUGUCGUCCUUCUCUGGGACGGUGGAUGCCCUGCACCUGGACUCAGACAAGGCCUCUUCAUACAAAGUUGGAGACGAGGUGAUGGCGCGGGUGCUGCACGUGGACCCCACCAAUAAGCAGGUGGCCCUGACCCUGCGCAGCCACCUCCUGCCCCCAGGGGGCAGCGUGCUGGAGCACGUGCAGAGCGAGCGCGUCGGGGAGGUGGUGGAGGGCUGCAAGGUGGUCGCCGUACACUUCCACGCCGGGGCCAUCAUCCAACUGCCUGACGGAACGCAGGCUUUUGCUCAUAAGAACUUUUGUAAGGAGCCCAAGGAGGCGUACAACCCCAACGGCCUGAAGGGCCAGGAGUCCAUCACCUGCCGCAUCACCGAGUACAGCGCCCUGGAGAACAUGCACCUGGCCAGCCUGCGCAAGAGUACCAUUGAGGCCCGGUUCUUCAGCUACAGUGACAUUAAACCAGGACAAGUAGUAGAGGGCACCAUCACCAGCCUGGUGGCCCACGGGCUGCAGGUGAAGGUGACGGACUACAUCAAGGGCCUGGUGCCCCGCAUACACAUGGCCGACGUCACCCUCACCAACCCCGAGAAGAAGUUCUCACCGGGGGACAAAGUCAAGUGCAGGGUGUUGUCGGUGGACGUGGCCAAUAGGAAGCUGACGCUGACCAGGAAGAAGGGCCUGGUGGACUCGUCCCUGCCCGUCUUCUCCAGCUACGCGGAGGCGCGUCCCGGCCGCGUGGCCCACGGCUUCAUCGUCUGCGUCAAGGACUUCGGCUGCAUCGUGCGCUUCUACAACGACGUCAAAGGCCUGGUGCCCACGCGCGAGCUCAGCACCGAGUACGUCACGGCCUCCGAGCAGCUCUUCUACGUCGGACAGGUGAUGAAGGCCAAGGUGCUGCAGUGUGACCCGGAGAAUGAGAGGCUGCUGCUGUCCUUCAGGGCGGUGGUGGAGGGGGACACUGAGGACCAGGAGAAGAAGAAGAAACAACACAAGGACACAGCAGAGAAGGAGGAUGGCAGCUUUGAAUAUGAGAUUGGAAAGGCAGUGGAGGUGCGCGUGGUCAGCAAGACCAUGGACGGCCUGAAGGUGGCCAUCCAGCCCUCCAACACGCCCGCCUUCCUACCCACGGUGCACCUGUCCGACCACUCCUCCAACUGCCUGCUGAUCUACCACGCCCUGCGCGAGGGAGACACCGUGGCUGACGCCGUGUGCCUCAACAAGGCCAAACACGUCAUCACCCUGACCAAGAAGCCCCUGCUGAAGGCCUGCAUGGAGCAGGGCGCGGCCGCCACCGAGUUCUCGGGCCUGGAGGUGGGGCUGGAGCUGACCGGCUGGGUCAAGAACAUCAUGCCCUACGGAGUCUUUGUGGAGUUCCCACACGGCCUAUACGGCCUGGCACCCAAAGCUUCCAUGAGCGACUGGUUCGUGACCUCCUCGGCGGAGGUGUUUGUGAUGGGCCAGACGGUGCGAGCCAAGGUCACCAACCUGGACGAGGAGAAGAGGCGCUUCCUGGUCAGCCUCAAGGCGUCUGAGCUCGGCGGACCAGAGGGAGAGAUGCAGGAGAGGCUCCUCAGGGGCCUGGAGGAGAGGAGGACAGCCAUGGACAUGAUCUGCCAAAGAGAUGAGUCUGAGGUGCUGCAGCAGUUGUCCUCAGUGUGUGUGGGCGCUGUGCUGAAGUUGACGGUGGAGGAGGCGAGGGAAGACGGCUCCUGCUCCCUGCUCUCAGAUGACCUGCCCAACGUGCCCAUUACCGCCACACAACACCACCUCACUGGUGUGACGGUGACCUCUGGCCAGAAGGUGAAGGUGGUGGUCCUCCACGUGGACCCGGUGACCCCCCACGUCCACGUCUCCCUCCUGCCCGCCCUGCUCGCCAAGAAGCACACGUUGGAGGUGGGUUCCCAGCACGACGCCCUGAUCCAAUACAGUGACAAAGACUUCGCCGUGGUCUCCCUGGGCGACAUGGCCAACGUGACCGUGGUCCCCGUGACGACCAGCCUCAACCAGACCUUCAUCGGCGAGGAUCACCAGCCCAACCCUAGCAAGAAGCUGAGGGGAAAGGUGGUGGUGGUGGAGGCCUCCAGCCAGGCCCUGGGUGGGCUUCCCCUGGUGAGCCGAGAGGACCAGAGGCAUGGGAAGGCACAGGCCAAUAAGAAGAGGGAGAGGAAGUCCUCGGAGGCGCGCUGCAACACCGCACACAGCUACCGCUUCGGGGACCUGGUGACGGCCGUCGUGAGCUCCAUCAAGCCCUUGCAGGUGGGGCUGACUCUGCCGGGUGAUGUGUCGGGCAUGGUGCACAUCUCGGAGGUGAAGGAGGAGCCUGAGCAGGGCAGCUUCCCCACGCGCUCCCUGCAGGUGGGGCAGGAGGUGCAGGCCCGCGUCAUCGGGGGCAGAGACGUACGCCACCACAAUUACCUGCCCAUCAGCCACAAGAGCUUUGUCCACUCCCAGCCUGUCCUCUCCCUGUUGCCAAGCAAGUUGACUGCUGAGAAGGAUGUCCUGGAGAAGGAACUGGAGCUGGAGGACCUGAAGCCGGGACAGGAGAUCACCUGCUACGCCUCACAGUAUCUCCCAGCCAUCAAGUCUCUGGAGGUGUACGUGAACGCCAAGAUCACCGGCACCGUAGGCCUGCUGGCCAUGACCACCAAGAUCAAGGAUGCCAAGAGGCCUCAGAAGAUGACCAAGGAGGGCGAGACCCUGAAGGCCAAAGUGGUGUCCGUGGUAACAGAACCCAAACCGCAGCUACGCCUCUCACUCAAUGGGACGCACGAGCUGUCGGCGGGGAGCGUUGUCAUGGCAGCGGUGCACGCCAUCAAGCCGCACGCGGGCCUGUCCCUGCGCCUGCCCUUCGGGGGGAAGGGCUGGGCCUCCAUGCUGGAUCUGGAGGACAGCUACACGCCAGAGCCGCUCCAGCAGUUUCAGGAGGACCAGCUGCUCAAGUGUUCCAUUCUGGAAGCCAAAGAACACAAGUACCAUGUGUCCCUGAGGCCAUCAAGGACGCACCCAGACAGGAAGCUGCCGGUUGCGGACGUGGAGGUGAACUCUGUGGAGGAGCUGAAGGAGGACCAGAUCCUGCGGGGCUACAUCUCCCUGGUGGCAGAAAAGGGCAUCUUUGUCAGGUUAUCCAGGAACAUCACUGGGAGGGUCCAAUUCAAGAAGGCCUCUGAGUACUUUGUGAAGGACAAGAGCAUAUACGCGAAACACAUCCCCAAAGACAAGCUGAUCACCGUCAAAGUCCUCAGUGUGGACAGCGAGGCUGGUCAUGUGGAUCUGUCGGCCCUCCCCGCGGACACUGGCAAGGGAGACCUGCUGCCCGACUCCCUGCAGCUGCCCUACAAGAAGUACCUGAAGAAGAAGAGGAAGAGGAAGAUCACCGAGACCGUGGCAGGAGAGGCCGGCACCACGGAGGAACCGGCGGCGAAGAAGAAGAAAAAGAAGAAGAAGCCGAGCAGUGGGGAGGAGCACGACAGCGGAGUGGAGGUGUACUUCAGAGAGGAGGAGACGGAGGAGGCCCCCGAGAAACCCGCCAAGAAGACCAAGGUUGAUAAGCCCAAGGACGACAAGCCCAAGGCCAAGGAGGCCAAGUCCAAGACCACCACCACCUCCUCCUCCUCUUCCAGCGCCACAGAGCCAGCGCGUCUCCAGGUGUCUGCAGGCUUCUCCUGGGACGCCACCCUCAGCUCCCUGCGGCCCGCCACCACGGCUGCAGCCACCACAGACCUGCGCUCCAGCGAUGAGGAAGAAGAAGAAGAAGAGGAGGAGGAACAACCCACAGAGAAGAAGUCCCAGAAGAGGAGCCGCAAGGCGCAGGAGGAGGAGUCCAAGCGCGAGGAGGAGGAGCUGCGGCGGCAGGAGGCGGAGCUGAUGGACCCGUCGCAGCGGCCGCAGAGCGCGCACGCCUUCGAGCGUCUGCUGCUGGCCUCGCCCGACAGCUCGCUGCUCUGGCUGCAGUACAUGGCCUUCCACCUGCAGGCCACCGAGAUCGAGCAGGCGCGCGCCGUGGCCGAGCGGGCCCUCAAGACAAUCUCCUUCAGGGAGGAGCAGGAGAAGUUGAACGUGUGGGUGGCCCUGAUGAACCUGGAGAACAUGUACGGCUCGGAGGAGAGCCUGCAGAAGGUGUUUGAGCGCGCCGUGCAGUACUGCGAACCCAUGCCCGUCUACCAGAGACUAGCGGACAUAUACGCCACGUCUAACAAGCUCAAGGAAGCGGAGAGCCUGUACAACAGCAUGGUGAAGCGUUUUCGAGCGGAGCAGGCCGUGUGGCUGAGCUACGGCACCUACCUGGUGAGGCAGGGCCAGAGCGACGCCGCCAACGCCCUGCUGCAGAGGGCGCUCAAGAGCCUCUCCAACAAGCAACACGUGGACCUCAUCAGUAAGUUUGCCCGUCUGGAGUUCCGCUACGGGGAUAAGGAGCGCGGCAAGGCCAUGCUGGAGAAGGUGCUGAGCACCUACCCCAAACGAACGGACCUCUGGAGCAUCUUCAUCGACCUCAUGAUCAAGCACGGCAGCCAGCAGGACGUCCGGGAGCUGCUGGACCGCGUGAUCCACCUGAGCGUGUCGGUGAAGAAGAUCAAGUUCUUCUUCAAGCGCUACCUGGACUACGAGAAGAAGCACGGCACGCCCGACACCAUCCAGGCCGUCAAGCAGAAGGCCCUGGAGUACGUAGAGACCAGGGGAGGAGCAGAGGAGGCUAGCUAGAGCACACACAAACACACACACACACACAGACAUACACACACACACACACACACCAUCCAGGCCGUCAAGCAGAAGGCCCUGGAGUACGUAGAGACCAGGGGAGGAGCAGAGGAGGCUAGCUAGAGCGCGCGCACACACACACACACACACACACACACACACACACCAUCCAGGCCGUCAAGCAGAAGGCCCUGGAGUACGUGGAGACCAGGGGAGGAGCAGAGGAGGCUAGCUAGAGCGCACACACACACGUGCGCACACGUGCACACAGGCACAGUUAUUGUCACUAUACACAUGUGAAGUUAGACUGAAAGGAAGCACCUUCUUAUCACAGCAUCAGCUGGUUAAACAGGAGUUACAGGAAAUGUCAUCCCUCACCCUCCACUUCACCUCAUCUGUCUCUACACCUCCACUCCCUCCACCCCUCUCCACUCCUUAUUCAUCCCUCUCUCUCCACACACAC